AUGUACACCUCGGCCGACGGGACGAAUCUGCCGAUUUCGAAUGACGAGAACUUCUACAAGGCGCUCGAUGACAACGAGAAGCUGCUGCGUGUGGUCGUCCAGAAUAAAGCAGAGUCGCUCGAGGAGCGCUUCGGCUACGGUCUCUCCGAAACGACGUUGCGAAAGAAGAAAAAUAUCAGCAUCAGCGCCCCGCAGGAUUUUCGAAGGGUCUCCUCUAUCAUCGACACCGAUAUUCUGCCCCCAGAAAUCGUCCGCGUUCGCCUAUGCAAAUUUCACACGAACCUACCGCUUGGGUUUUACAUUCGAGAUGGCCUCUCCGAGCGCCUAACCAAUUGGGGCCCGGCCGCGGUGCCCUCAAUUUUCAUCUCGAGGCUUUUACCGUCUGGCCUCGCCGCCUCGACAAAUCUGCUCCACGAGGGCGAUGAAAUUCUCGAAGUGAACGGCAUUGAUAUCUGCAGCAAGACCCUCGACCAGGUGACGGAUAUCAUGGUGGCUAAUGCUCAAAAUCUCGUGCUCACCAUCCGGCCAGCCCAUGACUUUGUUCAUCACAAUCGCGCUAAAAAUGAUAUAUUAACUUACCGCCAAAUC